UAGCGGGUACAAAACACAGUGCCCGGGCUGUGAGGACUCGGGCAGCGAGAGCGCGCGACCCUUCAUCCAGAACGCGCACAACACUUGCGGGUUAGAGCUACCACGCUCUUGUGCUUUCCCAAGCUUCUCUUCCAGACUUCAUUUCUCCAGAGCCCAGAAUCUUGAGUUGCCUCCACGAUGAGCAGCUUGACCCAGAAUCUCCGGGAAAUCAUGAAGGUCUUGUUGAGAGUUCCCGGUUUUGAUACAGUUUUGGAAAAGGUGACGCUUGUCUCUGCUGCUCCUGAUAAAGUAAUUUGUGAAAUGAAAGUGGAAGAGGAGCACACUAACAAGCACGGCACUCUCCAUGGGGGCAUGACAGCAACUCUGAUAGAUACCAUCUCAACCGUGGCUCUGAUGGGCACAGAAAGAGGGCUUCCUGGAGUCAGUGUUGACAUGAACAUAACGUAUAUGUCACCUGCUAAACUUGGAGAAGUAGUAGUGAUCACAGCACACAUUCUGAAGCAAGGAAAAACACUUGCAUUUGCCUCGGUGGAUCUGACCAACAAGACCACAGGAAAACUAAUAGCACAAGGCAGACAUACUAAACACCUGGGAAACUGAGGGAACAAACAGCAGGCCCAACGAAGCCCAACAAUGAAUGAGUAUAACUUUCUGAAAUAAAUGUCAAAACCAGAA